CAAUAGUCAUUAGCGCAGUAUUACGCUCAUAAGUGUUUUAAAAUGAAACUUUUUAUUUUUACUUUACUCUUUUUCAUCGCCACUGUAAAUGGACUUGACAAUGGACUUGCCCUCAAACCACCGAUGGGCUGGUUGUCAUGGGCUAGAUUCACUUGUGUAACCGAUUGUGUAAAAUAUCCAGACACUUGUAUCCAUGAAAAUUUGUACAAACAAAUGGGUGAAAAGUUGAUUGAAGAUGGGUACCUGGAGCUCGGAUACGACAUUGUUGCCAUUGAUGACUGUUGGUCUGAACUGGAACGAGAUAAUGCAACUGGACGAUUAGUUGCCCAUAAAAAACGAUUCCCAAGCGGAAUUAAAGCUUUAGCUGAUUGGAUGCAUUCAAAAGGACUUCGUUUAGGUAUUUAUGGUGAUGUUGGUUCACUCACAUGCGCUGGUUAUCCAGGACAGAACGGUCCAGGAGAGGGCUUUUUCGAGAUUGAUGCUCAGACCUUUGCUGAAUGGGGCGUCGAUGCACUCAAAUUUGAUGGCUGUUACGAAGAUCCAGCAAAUUUCGAUACCCUUUAUCCUAAAAUGUCGACCGCUCUUAACAAAACUGGUGCUUCAAUCAUUUACCACUGUGAAUGGCCUUUGUACCAGUUCAAUGCCAAUAUUACUCCUAACUAUGAUGCCAUAUCACGUUAUUGUAAUAUGUACCGAAAUCAUGAUGAUGUUUUAGAUUCUUGGCAAAGUGUUUCCAGUAUCAUCCAAUUUUAUGGCGAUCACCAAGAUACUUUUAUAUCUUACAAUGGACCUGGAAUGUGGUUGGAUCCUGACAUGUUGGUCAUUGGAGAUUACGGUCUUUCCGAAAAUCAAUGGCAAACACAAAUGUCUUUCUGGUCUAUGUGGUCAUCACCUUUGUAUAUGUCAAAUGAUUUGAGACGAAUUAGUGAUUCCGCAAAGAAGAUUCUUAAAAAUAGUAAAGUAAUUGAGGUCAAUCAAGAUCCCUUAGGUAAAAUGGCUCGACGAAUGGUUCAUGAUGCUCCAAAGGACCGAUACUUUGAAGCCUGGACUAAAGAGAUGAAGCCAAGAAAUGGUAAAACAGUUUAUGCUGUUGUUUAUUAUAACAAUCAACCUCUCGGUAACCCUGAAUAUUUUUCCGUUCCAUUGUCGACCUUACUUCCCAAGGAAAGCUCAGAAUCACAGUUUGAAGUUGUCGAUCUUUGGGAAACUAGCUCUGAUUACGCUAAUCUUGGAAUCGUUAAAGGAUCAGAAUCAUUGGAACUAUUAGUUCAUCCUUCUGGAGGCUCAAGAAUGGUCCUAUUAACCAAAACGUCUUAAGAAAGGAAAAAUUUCUACUGAAGCUAAAUGCAUAAGUUAGACGGAAGUUUAAUUUACUUGCAAUUUUGUAUGCUUGUCAAUGUAUUUCAAUUAUUUUUAUAAAUUUUUUUGUUUUCAAUAAGUCGAAAUAAUGAUUCAGAUGCUCAUGAUCAUUCUGUAAGCAAGUGUCAAAAAACUGAAUAUUUACUUCCCAAAUACAAUUAUUAGCGAUUGAAGACCUGCUCUACAUCGAAAAGGAAUCAUCAUAAGUAUGAUUUGAUCAUUGAUGAGUGUCAUUAUUUCAUUAAAAGACUUGAAAUUCAACAUCUAAAUAAAUUAUGAUAAAGUUACAAUAAAAUAUGAUUUUAUUUGA